CAGUCAGUUAGUGAGUCCUUCCUCCUCAAAAGCGGUUGUGGUUGAAAUCACAACUAACCAUAUAAGGAGUGGUGAUAGACAGAAUUAAGAAACACUUCAAAUUAAAGGCCACUGAGACCCCUGGUGUGAAUGAUGAGGUUGACUCGAUGUGUUUUAACUUGUACAUAGAAAAUCCUUCCUUGUACAGCAACCUACAUUUAUCUAUAUUAGGUAUCGUUCACAUUCACACAAUCACUUUUGCCUUCUUAGAAUCACAUCUGGCAAAACAAUAUCUAUUUAAAAUGCAUGAAUGUCAGAAUAAGAAUUACUUUUUUGACCCCAGCCCCUAUUUCCUUACUUACAGCAGCUCCUACUCAAGCGUUCAGAACAAAGAGCAAUAAGGCAAUAAGAAUAUAUAAGAAGAAGUAGGUAAUUAGAAUGAGAAUACACAUCAAUGUAAAAUAUAUUUAUACACACACACAUAUAUAUAUGUACAAGUAUAAGUUCCGAGUUGUUGCUCUAUAGUGGGAUUGAAUGUGGGGUAUUACACAACGGGAAAAUGAUUGCACAUGGUGGGUCCAGAGUCCAAUAAAUAUAUAAGGGAAUCUGUACAAGAAUAUGCAGUGAACAUGAGUUACUACACAGAAUUAGUAUAAAUAUGGGUUAUUGCACAGAAGGAAGAUAAGGAACAAAAUAUGAAAAAGCUGGAAAAGGGCAGGAACGAACGCAACAGGCAGCAAGCACCAAUGAAUGAAUGAAGGAACGUCUGUGGAGAUUAGACAUUGCUAUGAUUCUUCUUCUUAUUAUUAAUAUUAUUACACAUGAUACAGUCAGAGCGGUCAAGUCAAACGUCCUGGCCUUAACCCAGUAGAGAUCUUGUGAAGACAGUGUGUGAGGAUACCCACCAACAUCUCAGGAUUGAAGUGGUUCUGUACUGAGGAAAUGUCUAAAAUACCUGCAGCCGACUGAUCAGAAGUUAUGUUUAGUUGCUGUUACUGCUGCACUGGGGGGUCGCAACAGAUAACAAAAGGGUUCACUUACUGUUGCACCACACAUAUAUGAACAAAUGAAACAAAAUUUCCGCUUCAUUUGUUUUAUUGGGUUCUCUCUGUCUACAGCCUGGACUUGUUUUUUUUUUUUUUACCCUUUCAUGCAAAGUGGUCACUACAGUGGACAGUCAACGCUUGUGCAUCACUCCAUACACUGCCACUGUUGGUGGAAGUGGAAGUUUUUAAAUAUUUUUUUUUACUCACAAUCGAGAUGGCGACAGAGAGCCAGAAAUGCCAAGUACCUCGGGGAUUUGUGUUAAUACUUCAAUAGCAGGGUACCACUGGAGGUAAAUAAAUACUGUAUGCUGACAUCAAGUAACAUCUAAGAAUUAAUGUAAUGAAACACACAGGGGGAAAAAACCUUGACUAAGGUUCUCAUAAUUUAUGCAUGAAGGGGUUAAUGGAAACAUGGAAUGGAGUAGGAAAUUCUGAGGGGUUAAAAUAAUUUUAGGCACCACUGUGAAUGACCAAAACAGAGAAAAGCCGUCAUGGAAAGUUGACAUGCGCACUCGGCCCAGUAGGUGGCACUUUCGUCUUUCCAUUCACAAAAGCCUCCUCACUCUCGGUCUUAGCAGAAGAAACUUUGUUGCGUGUUCUUCUUCCGCGGCUGCUCACAUGUAGCUCCGAGGAGUUUUUUUCCCUCCUCCACUAUAAGCUCAUAUGUUUGUACUGUUACUUUGUCCGUAAGUUUCUUUCGCUCGAGAGGUCUUCGCCACCAACUUUCGCUCUCAUCAUGUGCUCUCAUUCAAACGGAAGGGCUCCGCUAGUUCUGCUGUGUCUCCUCGGCGUCUUCGUGCUCCGCGUGUCAGGGGAGAAGGUCCUCCCGGAUGGCUCUCCGGGACUGAUGCACGAGCUCCGGGCCGCGCUGGCUCACCUGACCGGGGAGGGAAGGACCUACUUGAGCCAGCUGGCGGGGGAGCAGACGGUGCUGUCGGUGCAGAAGGCUUUCUCUCAGGUUCUGGGAGUUUUAGCAGAAAGUCUGGCCGCUGGUGUGAACACACUACUCCAGUAUAUCUCCCACUUCCUGCAGGCUGCUGGGAUCCAAGUUGGCUUCCCCAUCGAUGAAGUAACCUCAGAGGGGCUGAUCUUUGUUGCCCAGUGGGCCCUCAUGGCUUUCAUCGGCUACUGGCUGAUCUCCCUUGCUUUCCGGUUGGUUGCCUCCACCCUGAGGCAGGCUCUGAGGGUGCUGAAGUGGGCCGUGGCUUUGGUUGCGUUUGGACUUAUCCUGAGGGACCACCAGGCGGGCACGGAGGCCAUGGCGUUGCGACUGCUAAUCCUCGUGUGCGUCUGCGUCGUUUUGGGAGUUGGGAUGUCAGGGGGUUCCAACGCCGCUGAAAAAACCGCUCGCCUGGAGGAGCAGGUGAACAUCCUAGAGCGGCGGCUGAAAGAGAUGGAGAGGUGGACGCGGACAAAAGAGCGAAAGAGGGAGUAGUAGUCUGUCUAGAUACAAGGAUCCGUGAUACUUGUAUCUAGACGGAGCACUCAUUCCUUUAGGGUUUCUGUAAAUUGGUGGAAGAAUAGGUUUUUACAAUUGAGACGUUUUCUAUAAUGUUGAGAGAGGUUUUGAUUACUUACGAUUUUAACUGAUAAAAUACAAUAUUUACCUCAUAUUUAGCUGGUUUAUUUAAAAGCGUUUUUAGACCAAUGAAGUCGCAAAGCCAAAGACUGGUUGAACUUCUGAAGUGAACGUGUACAGCUAGAAAUGCUGUUUUUUUUUCUUUUCUAAUCACAAUAAAUCUGUUUUUUACAUUUUAUAAGUAGCGUCUUGUGUACUGUGGUCCCAUCUCAGUUACAGCCUUUCAAUACGAACUAGUGCCUGUCUUUUCCCUAGACACUACAUCUUGUCUGAUGGUGGCCUUUUUUUUUUUUUUUUUUACAUUGUGAGAAAUUGAGCUUGAAUUGCUCCAUGAGUUCGACGUGUCAUGUUUGUGUAUAAUAUCAAAGAUGGUUCUGCAAAUAAAUAAAGUUGCAGUCUG